CCCAGAAGGCAUGGGGUGAAGGGAUUUCCGGUCCGGAAGCGGAAGUGGCGGUGAGACAGCAGCAGCAGCAGCAAUGGAGGAGCUGGGGGUGAUGGUGGAGAAGCUACAGGAUGACGUUCCCACCCUGAUGUGUUCCCGGCCUCACACCGGCCUCUCCUUCCUUGCCCCUGAGCCGGAGGAUCUGGAAGAUCUGUACACACGUUACAAGAAGCUGCAGCAGGAGCUGGAGUUCCUGGAGGUACAGGAGGAGUACAUCAAGGACGAGCAGAAGAACCUGAAGAAGGAGUUCCUGCACGCCCAGGAGGAGGUCAAACGUAUCCAGAGUAUCCCCCUGGUCAUCGGACAGUUCCUGGAGGCUGUCGAUCAGAACACUGCCAUUGUGGGCUCCACCACUGGCUCCAAUUACUACGUGCGGAUUUUGAGCACCAUCGACCGGGAGUUGCUAAAGCCGAACGCGUCGGUAGCUCUGCACAAACACAGCAACGCCCUGGUCGAUGUGCUGCCCCCAGAGGCAGACAGCAGUAUCAUGAUGCUGACCUCAGACCAGAAGCCGGACGUGCUGUACUCCGAUAUCGGAGGGAUGGACAUUCAGAAGCAGGAGGUCCGGGAGGCGGUGGAACUGCCCCUCACCCACUUCGAGCUCUACAAGCAGAUUGGGAUUGACCCCCCUCGCGGGGUGCUGAUGUACGGCCCCCCGGGCUGCGGGAAGACGAUGCUUGCCAAAGCUGUUGCUCAUCACACGACAGCUGCCUUUAUCCGUGUGGUGGGUUCGGAGUUUGUCCAGAAGUACCUGGGGGAGGGGCCGCGGAUGGUGCGGGAUGUUUUCCGGCUGGCCAAGGAGAACGCUCCCGCCAUCAUCUUCAUCGACGAGAUCGACGCCAUCGCAACCAAACGCUUCGACGCCCAGACAGGAGCGGACCGGGAGGUGCAGAGAAUCCUGCUGGAGCUCCUCAACCAGAUGGACGGCUUUGACCAGAACGUCAAUGUUAAGGUGAUCAUGGCGACGAACCGCGCUGACACGCUGGACCCUGCCCUCCUUCGCCCCGGCCGUCUGGAUCGCAAGAUCGAGUUCCCCCUCCCCGAUCGUCGUCAGAAACGCCUGAUCUUUACCACCAUCACAGGCAAGAUGAACCUGUCCGAGGAGGUGGACCUGGAGGACUACAUUGCAAGACCAGACAAGAUCUCCGGCGCUGACAUCAACUCCAUCUGCCAGGAGGCUGGAAUGUUGGCUGUCCGAGAGAACCGUUACAUUGUCUUGGCCAAAGACUUUGAGAAAGCGUACAAGACCGUCAUCAAGAGGGACGAGCAAGAGCACGAAUUCUACAAGUGAGGAGCCGGUGGGGGGGGUGGGGGCGCUCUGCCUGACUGGGUGUGUACACCCCCUAUCCCCCUCCCAUUCCCUCCCCUCUCCCACCCCAGGUCAAAGCAGCAGCGUCACUCCCCGAGAAGCUGGGAAUCUUUUCUAGACUACGUUCCUGAAUUUUGUGCAUCUUCCUAAUUUAACAAAUAAAAUAAAAUAACCAGCGAAAUAAA